GGGGCGGCAUGAGGGCCCGCGGCCCUGGGGGCUGAGGCGCCCGCCGCCUGCCGCGGGGGCCGCGCGUGUCCUCCAUGGAGGCCGGAGAGGAACCACUGCUGCUGGCCGAACUCAAGCCCGGGCGCCCCCACCAAUUCGAUUGGAAGUCGAGCUGUGAGACCUGGAGCGUCGCCUUCUCCCCCGACGGCUCCUGGUUCGCCUGGUCUCAAGGACACUGCAUCGUCAAGCUGAUCCCCUGGCCCCUGGAGGAGCACUUCAUCCCUAAAGGGUUUGAAGCCAAAAGCCGAAGUAGCAAAAAUGACCCCAAAGGGCGAGGCAGCCCAAAGGAGAAGACGCUGGACUGUGGUCAGAUCGUCUGGGGUUUGGCCUUCAGCCCGUGGCCUUCGCCGCCCAGUAGGAAGCUGUGGGCACGCCACCACCCCCAAGGACCAGAUGUCUCCUGCCUGAUUCUUGCCACGGGACUCAAUGAUGGACAGAUAAAGAUCUGGGAGGUGCAGACAGGGCUCCUGCUUUUGAAUCUUUCCGGCCACCAAGAUGUCGUGAGAGACCUGAGCUUCACACCCAGCGGCAGUUUGAUCUUGGUCUCUGCGUCCCGGGAUAAGACUCUUCGCAUCUGGGACCUGAAUAAGCACGGGAAACAGAUCCAGGUGUUGUCGGGCCACCUGCAGUGGGUCUACUGCUGCUCCAUCUCCCCGGACUGCAGCAUGCUGUGCUCCGCAGCUGGGGAGAAGUCGGUCUUUCUCUGGAGCAUGCGGUCCUACACCUUGAUCCGGAAGCUCGAGGGCCACCAAAGCAGUGUUGUCUCCUGUGACUUUUCCCCCGACUCUGCCUUGCUGGUCACGGCGUCUUACGACACCAGCGUGAUCAUGUGGGACCCGUACACUGGGGAGAGGCUGAGGUCUCUCCGCCACGCCCAGCUCGACCCUGCCAUGGACGACAGCGACGUGCACAUGAGCUCGCUGCGCUCUGUGUGCUUCUCUCCUGAAGGCUUGUACCUGGCCACCGUGGCAGACGACAGGCUCCUCAGGAUCUGGGCCCUGGAACUGAAGGCUCCUAUCGCGUUCGCUCCUAUGACCAAUGGUCUUUGCUGCACCUUUUUUCCACAUGGUGGAGUUAUUGCCACAGGGACCAGAGAUGGCCACGUCCAGUUCUGGACGGCGCCCAGAGUCCUCUCCUCACUGAAGCACUUAUGCCGGAAAGCCCUUCGAAGCUUCCUGACGACCUACCAAGUCCUAGCACUGCCAAUCCCCAAGAAAAUGAAAGAGUUCCUCACAUACAGGACUUUCUAGCGAUGCAGCAUGGCUGGUUUCCUGUGAGCGGCCUCCAUCUUCCUGGCAGUGUCCGGAGUAAUGGGCCGAACACGUGGUCUGGGAUUGAAGUGGCAUUUCUUUGGGACUGGGCCAGAGAGAAUGUAGCAGAAACAGUUUGCAGUGGACCUGCCCUGGGCCUUUUGCUCCAUGGGCGUGGCAGUCUUGGAGGGAGAGAUUCCAGCUCCACGGCCACAGGGCCUUACUUUAAGUCUUCGGUCCGCUUAGGAACAGCCCCUGUUUAAUUCUUCCUAGUCGUUGAUUAAAGAGCAGUUACUGCUGUGUGAGUGGCGGGCGGGCGGGCGGGCGGGCGGACCUCCGUGUGGGGCCCGCCGGCUUCGGCUUCGUGUUGCAGCUGCUGUGGUGGCAGUUUCAAGUCCUCCCCAUGUGGUCCGCAGUGCUCUGACCUGGCCAGCUUCCUCCCUCGGGCCCCGCUCUCGCCGGCAGGACCAGGUUUUCCCAGAGCCCGUCGGCGUGAGGUUUUAGCCAAAUUCCAGGUGAACCGAGGCAGUGCUCCCCACUGAGACACUAUUCCUGGCUUGUUUUGUUUUUGUCUCUGAAACAAUGGUGUGCAUGUACAGGGGUGACAAAUUUGUGUGUCCGAUGAUCCAAGGACAUAUUCCUGAACUGCAUGACUGGUCACAAGGCUCCCGAGUUGCCAGCCGUGUGCCAUUUGUUAGCUUCAUAUUUAUUCGUAUUUUCUCAGAUGUUAAGGUACAACUGUGUUUUUCUCCGUGGUAUCUAAAAACCAGAGUACUUAAAGCGAACACUUGCAAAGAUGUGUCUUACUUGCAUGGAGAAUGGGUGUUGGCAUCGCCCCAGCGGAUAGGCCCACGUGCGAGACCUGUCUGUGCUGCUGAGCCUCCUGGGAUUAAUCAGCCAGUUUCAGCUCCGCCCCUCGACAAAAAUAGCUCCCUUCUGCGGCACAGCUCCCUAAUCAAGACCUCGGUCAGAGUCUGCCUUCGGAAAAGUUAAUAUAUUUUAAAUUAUUUUCUAAGAAACGCAGCAUCCUCCCCCGUGGCCGUGCCACCCCGCCCUUCGCAGAGGCCAGUGGAGCAGACAGCUGUCGAGCGGGUGGUCCCCUGCUUGAAGAGACAUUUCCAAAGGAGGCUCUCCUUGAAGGGAAGUGACAGUUACACGCUGUGGCCGUUCCAUCCUUUUCUGUGAAGAAAAAAUAAUCACCCUUAAAAACAAGUAGUCCAACAGCCGCGAGUCGGUCGGCCUUGCCACCUCUGAGGGCUGACGCCCCCACCUUCACUGUGUGACCUUUCCCGUCAGAUAAUACAGGCGCCUCGGCUUCCACGGGCUACGUCCUGCUCAGCCCGCCACAGCCUGGCCGUGUCGUACCUUGGCUAGGCCUGGCACGGGUCCCCCCAUGACCAUCAACAGAAGCAUCGUGUGGAGUGGAAGCAGCCCAGAAGAGCGACAUUCCGAGUCGAGCUUCUGCUGGGUGUGUGUUGCUUUCCCACCAUCGUACAGCUGAGAACUGAAGUGUUGAAGAGCACCCUCCGAAGAGGCAUUGGCUCUGUGCUGUCAGCCAAGGCUCUAACGUACAAGCAGGUGAAACAAGUCAGCACGCGACGUGCUGAGGGAAGUCGCUUGUAACACGACCAGCCCGCAAGCUGCUUUGUUCCGAUGGUGAACACUAACACGGGGACAGCGAACUGCUGUCAGGGAAGGCGCUGCGCGUGCGAGCGUCCCGGCGCUCAGCAGUCCUGGGGCAGUCAGGGUGAACCCGCACUCCACAAGCGAGCCUCCCAGAACCUCCGGCCCCCAACAGCAUCGUCUAAAGGCUUCACUCUAUAUUUUAAAUUCAAGGUUUUCCUACUGUCCACACUGCGAUUUGGAACUUGCUGGUAACUCCUCUGCUUAGAGGAGGAGAAAUAAAAAGGCCAGUUUUUAAAGUAAGAGAACUCAGUCUGUUU